AUGAGAGAAUCAAACUUUUCCUUUCCUUCCCAGAACCGAGCUUCAGUAUGCAUCACGUCUGCCCUUUACGACAGGAGAGCCCUAGAUUGCACAGCCAUGUUACCUCUAAUCAACUCACUCACCCAUCUCACAUAUUUGACUAGCACAUCUCCUCGUAUCCGAGAAAUACUUACAAUGGAUGGAGGACUUGAGCGUCUAGUUAGGAUACUUAAAACAACAAAAGCUAGCGAUAAACGAAGUGGUUGGAAGUGGUCUAUGGCAUUCCAGUGUGUUGCGAACGUAGGAGUCCGUGGGUCAGAGAAGAUAAGGACGAGAGUUGUUGAGGCAGGGAUGAUACCAGUUAUUAUUACCGUAUUGGACAAUUUUUUAAAAGCUUUGGAUCAUCACGCUGCCUUGCAUGAAGCUUUACUGGAAAACGUUCCUGCUCCCAUAACAAGUAGGAUGUUUGCAGGAUAUAAUAUUCGUCCCUCAGAAGAUGCGCGAUCAGACGUCGCUUCAUGGGGCUCGGUGACUGACACGGAAGAAAACAAUCUCCAACCACUUGCUGGAGUAACUAAUACAAAUACCAUUCUAUCUGCUUCAACUAAUACUACUGCUGACUCACAGUUUGAUAUCAACGUUUUCUAUCGUGAAGAAGAUAUCCUCCUCUCACUGCAACUGUUAGCUUACCUCUCCAAAUACCCUCACCUUAGAGAGACAUUUCACAAUGCCUACCCUCCCCAUAAUGUUUUCUCCUUGGUCGAAAAGUUUACUCAACGCUUCCACCCACCAGAUAUACAAUACUGGGCGGGAGUAAUUAUGAGAAAUGCUUGCCGGAAAGAUGACAAUCGGGGUGGAAUUCGUCAGUGUGCUUACAUGGCGUGUGGUAAAUGGGAACAAUAUCCCCGCGAAUUUGCUAAAUGUCGUAGAUGUCGCAAGGCUAAAUAUUGUUCAAAGCCAUGCCAGUCGAAAGCAUGGAACGAAGGUCAUCGUCCGAAUAUGCCUAGAACACGUCCAAACGUGCAAUUUAGUGAGAAUCUCCUUGAAAGACUUAUGACUCGGGAUACUACAACUGCUGCCACAAUGUCAUCGGAAUCGACGCCAUCUGCGACAGCGAUGCAAGAUGUAAAUGCGUCAACUACUCGGAGCGGUGUCUCUGAUUCUGAUUCGUUUUUUGCCGUGUGA